GUAUAAAUUGAAACAUGGCCGUCAUGUACACAGAUACUCUUUUGUUGCAAACUACAACAAGCACUGGAAUCUAUUAAGCAACAUCAGAUGUUCUGUACAUAAUACAGUGUAAGCAGCAUACCCUGCCUCAUGUAUGACAUCUGGCUCAGCAAUGACUUCAGCUGUAGCAUUGACUUUUUUUUUCCAACUGAACAUAAACAUUUACCUGGUAAAGAUGAUAAACAUAAAACCAUUAGCUCAAGGAAGAUUAGUAACAGACACGAAUACCAGUACCUCUAAUGACAUAAAGAAAACCAAUUCUACACACCAACAUGCAAGAAAAACAGCAGAAGACAGUUUACCUAUUACACCUAGAAAAAAUGUUCCUGAAAUUCUGGUCACACAAUCGUCACAUCCUUCAUCUAAUUUAGAUUUAUCUGACUUGGAUGUCACAGAAAGUGAAAGCAAUACACAGGAGAUAUCCAAUGAGUCUGUUAUUGUGGUAGAUGCAACAGAAACUUCAUUAAAUCCUGACCAAUCAGAAGUACAUGUUGCAAUUGGAAUGAAGAAAUCACCUGUUCGUGUAGUACGUCAUACAGCUAGAGUCAGUGAUAAACAAAACAAAAAAACAGAUCAACCUUCGAAAAGUAAUUUUCAGCCAACACAGGCCAUUUCACCUUUAGUGAAAGGAAGAAAGACAAUUAGAACAGAUGGUCCACGAUCUAAUAGCAGACACAGAGCUUCACCAUUAACUAAGAAAAAGGUGAAAGAUACUAAGACAAGUUACCCACAACCUAACUUCAACGAUUCGGCAGAAUCUUUGACAACAGAACAGAAAAUUGUGUGUGAAAAGCCAACAGAUGAUGAAGAUGAUGAUGAUAUACAAUCUGUUAUUAGUGAUAUGGAUGCCUGCUCCAUUGAUGAAUAUGUUCCAAUUAUUAAAUCAAAAACAAAGCCUGGUACUAAAUCAAAUAGUAAGACAAGUACAGUAACUAAAGCCAAAAAAGGGAUAUCUAUACCAUCAAGGUACAUGCAAGCAUCAGCUAAAACUUCAACAUCUCUAGUUAAUCAAAAGACAUCCAGUGGUGCUAAACAUUCGGCCAGUAAUAAAAGUUUACCAUCACAUAAACCAGCAACACCCGGUAGAUCUCAUAAGCCAGCUACACCGAGCAUGCCCAGUAAACCUGCUGGUGGGAAGACGUCGACACCAUGUUCUAGUGAAGCGUUACCUAAUACAACACAAGAUAUGGAUACAUCGGCUAUACCAGCAGAAAUAUCGGCAAUAUCAGCAGAUCUGAGCACUUUAUAUCAUUCCAAGAAAUACAAUACUUCAAGUAUAAUACAACAGAAGAAAAGACCCAAGAAACAGGAUAUAAAGAUGAGUCAACAGAGAUUAGAUGUUAUAUGGUCACGAUAUCUACAGUGGUUAUAUCUAGAUUCUAGAGCUAAAACUGUGUUUAAAGAACAAGAAAAGGCUGCCAUGGGUCAGUUAAAUAUGUUAUGGGAAGAAGUUGAAGCUUUACAUGAGAAAGAAGCCAGCUUAAAGUUAGAAUUAGUUCGAUUAAAACAUCUAAAUGAGCUGGAUGAUCAGCUUGAACUACAGAAUAGUGGAUUAGAACCAGUUAUAAAUAAUCUACCCGUUAUAAGUAAUGAAUAUCAUGAAUUAGCAGCGAGUUUAGAUACAACAAGACAUCAGAUAUCAACUAAAGGUAUUUAUAUACCAGAUGAUGAAGAUACUUUUCAAGCGUCGCUAGAAAACAGUCUACAAGAAAGUGAGAAUUUAUUAGGACAGAUUAGUAUGAUGGUUCGACAACAAACUCCAAAAACAUCUCAAUUUUCUACAGCUUUACAAACAACAGAAAAAGUUGUAGAUUCUGAAUGUUCAGAGCUUAAAAAGUGCAGAGAAUUAUUGGCAGCAUCUCAAAGUUUGAUUACUCAAGAAAGUUCACUCAAGAUACAGAGCAUCCAGUCUCAUUAAUCAUCUAAUAAUUCACAUCGUUAUCAUUCAUUGUGACCUCAGUGGGCUGGGGCAUCCAUUUCACAGGAAUAUCCUAUCAUACAGUGAUGUACAGAAGGCGGUGGGGCAUCCAUUUCACGGGAAUAUCCAAUCAAACAGUGAAAUUAUAUAAAGUUUUGGGGUUUAAAUAGCGCUGUCAGUUUUGCCCCACUUAAAAGAAUUUUUGAAAUUCCAAGAUGGCGACAAUGAUGCCAUGUUCAGUUCCUGGUUCAACAUGCGCUCUAUAUAUAUAUGAAAUUCUAUCGUUAUUUGUAUUACUAAUGUAAAGAUGAAGUGAUUUCCCCUGGUUACAAUAGACAACCAAUGGACAAGUAAAGAAACAUGGCAAUAAGAUAUUUAAGAUUUGCCCUUAUUUAUUUAACAAGUUCUGUGAUGUUUUUGUGUAUAGAGAAUUAAAAUCUUUGAAUAUCAUGAAAUCAAA